AUGCUAGUCUCCCUGACUGUCGGCAAGGUCGACGCCGGCGUCACGGUUCUCCUGACUCCCGAUAAGCGCCUGAUCGAGUUUCCCUCCAUCCUGCUUCCUCCCAACAUCUCCUCCGGCAGUAUCGUUGACAUUACCGUCUCCCGCAACCUAGGCUCUGAGUCCAAGACCGAGCAUGCCUUCCGUGAGCUCCAGGACCGUAUUUACUCGGCCUUCGGCGCCUCCGCGCCGGCGACGCCCGUCCUCCGCUGCCGCAAUGCCACCCAAACAUCUGUCGUCCUCGAGUGGGAUCCUAUUGAGCUGGCCACCGCCGACCUCAUUUCCCUCUCUCUCUAUCGCAACGGCCAAAAAGCCGGCAACAUCCCCCGACCCCUGCAGAUGCACAGCACCAAGAUCAGUGGCUUGGCUGUCGACACUGACUACACUUUCCACCUCGUGCUGCGUACUACGGCCGGCACAUUUUCAUCAGACAAGGUCGUCGUCCGUACGCACAAGAUGACGGACCUGAGCGGCAUCACCAUCACCACGGGCAUCAUGCCAGCAGCCACCCGAGAAGCGCUGACAGCCGCCGUCGAUCGUAUCGGCGCCAAGAUCGUCGACUCCGUUCGCAUCGACACGACGCACUUUGUAACCACCGAAGGCCGUGGACUUGCGUGGGAGAAGGCUGUUGAGACAAACAUCCCCGUCGUACGACCUGAGUGGGUCGAGGCCUGUGAGAAGAACGGGCGCAUUCUGGGUGUCACCAAGUUCUACCUCGACGCCCUCAGACCAGGCCCUUCGAGCGACGACCUCCAGCAGGCACCAACGCCACCGCAACAGCAGCAGACUCCUCAGACGCAAAAGGAGCUGCCUUCACCCCCUGUUGCGAACUCCCCUGAGAAUGGUGACGCUUCGUCUGCUAAAUCCCCCGAGGGGGCCGAGAAGCCCCCCGCUCCAAGGGCAGAGGAUGAGCAACCAACGCCCGGCGACGAGGAGAAGGAGGCCGAGCAGAAGAGAAUUGCCGAUCAGGAAGAGCAAAAGGUGCGAUUGGAAGAUAAGGACGAGCAGAACCUGGCGCACCGACCGAAGGAGGAAAACGACUCGGGCAGCGAGAAUGGUAAAGGCGACGAAGACAACCCCAAUGAGAAGCCAGGAACUUCUCCUGACGGAGCGUCAUUCCAAGACGUUGCUUUGUAA